AACGGUUACAAAAGUUGGUCCCUCUUCCUUUUACCGUUCCUUGGUCCUCCUUAUUUUUCAUGUCUGUUCAGUCCAAGCCUGUAAAAUUAUCGCCCUUUGGCGCUGCACUAGCAGGAGCUCUAGGAGGAUGCUUCAGUACGGCCGUUGUAUAUCCUCUGGAUGUGGCAAAGACACGUAUACAGGCUCUACCCAAGGGCAAGUCCAAGGAUGACCAGUCAAUGAUGGGCGUUCUGUUGCGGAUACUGAAGACGGAGGGCGUACUAGGAUUGUACAGAGGUUUUGCCGCAACGAUGCUGAAUACAUUUUCUAUGCAAUAUGCCUAUUUCUUCUUCUACUCCAUGGUUCGAACCUCAUAUUUGAACCGACUUACGAAAAGGCUCCCCAGGGGAUCCAAAGUGCCUCAGAUUGGCACCCUCAUGGAGUUGGUGCUGGGUGCUGUCGCCGGUGCCCUUGCACAGAUCUUCACCAUUCCUGUUUCAGUCAUCGCAACACGACAGCAAGUUGGUCGGACAAAGAGGCAAACCCCAACUUCAUCGUCGACAGAUUUGUCAGAGCUACCUGAAGACGACUCGUUCUUGGGUGUCGCUCGCGAGAUUGUCGAAGAGGAAGGUAUUGGUGGCCUGUGGCUAGGAAUCAAACCUGGCUUGAUCCUGACGGUCAAUCCUGCCAUCACCUAUGGCGUUUUUGAACGAGUUAAGAGCUUCGUCGUUCUGGCCAAGGGUACGGCCUCCAUGUCACCAGGAUUGUCGUUUAUUGUCGGCGCGCUCAGCAAGACCCUCGCAACUGUCGUGACCUACCCUUAUAUCAUGGCCAAGGUCCGGAUACAAGCUCGGAGCGCAGAUGUUGAAGAUGCUGCGUUGAAGAACCACGAAAUUCCUCAUCGUCACGAGUUUCACCACAAGCAAUACAAACAUCCCGGCGCUAUUGACAUACUACUACGGGUAUGGCAAACAGAAGGGUUCACUGGAUGGUACCAGGGUAUGCAAGCGCAGAUUGUAAAGGCCGUAUUAUCUCAAGCGCUUCUUUUCAUGUCAAAGGACCAGUUUGAGAAAUACACCUUUGUGCUGAUGCUGGUGUGGAACCGCAUCACUGCUGCUAUCUCAGAUAUCGCCUAAUUUCUAGACUACUUUAUUGUAACAUAUUGUAUAAUACACACCAGCCAUUGACUGAUACGACAGCUGGAGUUGAUAAG